CAAGGUUUCACUGCAGCUCAUCUGGCCCGCCGGCAACAUUACCUUACUAUAUUUGAUGUUCUUCGUACGAUUACAACCAUUGUCACUGACUGGGAAGAACUGGAGGAAGUGAUGGAAACUGUAGAGCCAAGGUCUGGGACUAAGGUUCUCGAGCCAGCAAGAAAGCCAUCAACUCUACAGUUAGAGAAGCCUGAGUUUAUGGGCGAACAUGUGGUCUCAGAUUCUGAGGAAGAGGGAGGUCCCUCGUAUGGUUUGAUUCGAAACCGCCUCCCCAUAACUCCUAAAUCUCUUAAGUUUCAAGUUGACGGUCCCACCUAA